CCUCAGCUGUUAUGGCAGUCAGACUGUGUGAUGUGGCUUCUCUUCUGAGAAGUGGAUCGUGGGCAGCUGAGCCGUGGACUGGGCAGGUGAUCGCUGCCAUGGAGACGCAGCUGUCCAACGGACCCAACUGCACCAGCAACGGUCCCAACAGCGUCUCCAAUAACUGCACAUCACCUGCUGAGACGCCCGACGGCGGCGAGGACAGUAAAACCAAUCUAAUCGUCAACUACCUCCCUCAAAACAUGACUCAGGAGGAGCUGAAGAGUUUGUUCGGCAGCAUUGGAGAGAUCGAGUCCUGCAAACUCGUGCGAGACAAAAUCACAGGUCAGAGUUUAGGUUAUGGGUUUGUGAAUUAUGUGGAGCCUAAAGACGCAGAGAAAGCCAUCAACACUUUAAAUGGACUCCGACUACAGACCAAAACCAUCAAGGUGUCGUACGCUCGACCGAGCUCGGCCUCCAUUCGUGAUGCUAACCUGUAUGUGAGUGGUCUGCCUAAAACCAUGACACAGAAAGAGUUGGAGCAGCUUUUUUCCCAGUACGGACGCAUCAUCACCUCCAGAAUCCUUCUUGACCAGGUCACAGGUGUGUCCAGAGGUGUUGGGUUCAUCCGUUUUGAUCGGCGUGUUGAAGCUGAGGAGGCCAUUAAAGGUCAAAAUGGGCAGAAGCCGCCGGGCGCUACAGAACCCAUCACAGUGAAGUUUGCCAACAACCCCAGUCAGAAGAGCAGUCAGGCGUUACUCUCUCACCUGUAUCAGUCCCCUGGCCGGCGAUACCCAGGACCUCUGGCACAGCAAGCACAGAGAUUCAGGCUGGACAAUCUGCUCAAUAUGGCGUAUGGAGUCAAGAGUAGAUUCUCACCAGUGAACAUUGACGGGGUCACCAGCCUGGCGGGCAUGAAUCUUCCAGGUCAUGCUGGUGCGGGUUGGUGUAUUUUUGUGUAUAAUCUGGCUCCAGAUGCGGAUGAGAGCGUUCUCUGGCAGAUGUUCGGUCCAUUCGGUGCCGUGACUAACGUAAAGGUCAUACGAGACUUCAACACCAACAAAUGCAAAGGCUUCGGCUUUGUCACCAUGACAAACUACGACGAAGCUGCUGUAGCCAUUGCCAGUCUGAACGGAUAUCGACUCGGCGACAGAGUUCUACAGGUCUCUUUCAAAACUAACAAAACACACAAAGCUUGA